CGAUAACCGAUAGCGCCGCCUUGUUAUCGUGAGCAGCUGUUGACGAGCAACGUAGGCAAAAGUAAAUAUUAUUAAAAAACUGCGUAGCAAAUAAAGCUUGGAAUAUUCGAAUACAAAAUACUGACUAGAGAUUACCAGAGAUUAGCCACCGCAAAUCAGCUGCAAAAAGGCAGAUUUUAAAAGUUCAGAGUAAACUAGUUCCAAACGUGUUGUGAUUUCACAGUAGCCGCAUUUGUGGCUUAUAGUUUCCUUGUUCUCCCAAUCCAAUACCAUAUAAAUAAGCGCGAGUCAAAAGCAGGUUUUGCAUUCAUUGUAAAACAGUGCUAAGGCGUGCACCCGAUUAACCAAGGAAUUAAACGUUGAGGAGUUAUAGUAUAAAUCGGAAUUAGAAUGUCGCAGCAACCUGUUGCCUUUUUAACCCGUCGCGAAACUUUCAGCGCCUGCCAUCGUCUUCAUAGUCCCCAAUUGACGGAUGCAGAGAAUCUGGAAGUGUUCGGAAAAUGCAACAAUUUCCAUGGCCACGGACAUAACUAUACAGUUGAGAUUACGGUUCGUGGACCCAUUGAUCGGCGAACUGGAAUGGUGCUAAACAUCACCGAGCUAAAAGAGGCUAUCGAAACGGUGAUCAUGAAGCGUUUGGAUCACAAAAAUCUCGACAAGGAUGUAGAAUACUUUGCCAAAACACCUAGUACCACUGAGAAUUUGGCCGUCUAUAUUUGGGACAACAUCCGUCUGCAGCUGAAGAAACCCGAACUUCUGUACGAGGUGAAAAUCCACGAGACACCAAAGAAUAUUAUCAGCUACCGCGGUCCCUAUCCGCUCAAUGGAAUCUACAAUCCUAUCAACAAACGGGUCACACACAAUUCCGGCACCAAUAUCUCAUCGGACUCCGAUUGAAUGACAGAUAUAGGAAUUUACAUUCGAACGAAUUUUUUGGGACCACUCAGCGAACAUUCAGCGAACCUCCUUAACCAACACGCAUAGAAAAAGACACUUACCAUGUAAGGGAAUGAAAGUUAUACGAAUUACAAAGUAUGUAGAAAUAAUCUAUGUUCAUGCAACAUAUUAAUGAAUAAAUAAACAAGCAAGUAAAAGGCA